AUCAGGUCUAUUCAGAUACAAACUCGGACCGGACCUGAUUUUUCAGGUCUGGAUCGGAUUCGGACCUGUUGAUUCAGGUCCAGUCUCCGGUCCUUAAAAAUCAAUGAUUCAGGUCCCGAUCCAUUCAGGUCUGGUCCGAUUUUAAAUUGGUGUACAGCCCUAAUUACUUGUAUUCUAUCAUUCUCUAAUUAAAGAUUUUACCAAAGAAUAAUCCACUAGUUAGUUUCACACAUACCGCCAUUAGGUGUAAGAUUUUGUAUGAUAGUACAGAGUCAAAAUCUUGGUUACAUUAUGUUAUUAUGUUAUGUGCGGUCCUAAACGUUGUAUAACAGUAAUUUUUAUUCGCGAUUAAUACAAACUCUCGUUCCUUUUGUUUACCCCAAUUUUCUUUAUAAGUAAUCCCUUAAAUAUUGCUCCAUAUUAUUAAUGUACAUGAGAACUACUACUUUACUCUCACAUAAAUACUUUAGGUUCCACCAUUUUUCUCUCUCAUCAAUUCCACUCAACCAAAACUUAAUAAAUUGUUUUCUCAAAAAAAAAAAUAAUAAUAAUAAAGUGAAAUAAUCCUACAGUAUGAGACAAACAUAAUGGGGGCGAAGGGAGUACUUGGUACGGAGUAGUUCAUAUUUGAGCACUCAGUUAACCUAUGUCUGACCCGAAUCCAACCCGUUAAGACAUUUGACAUUGACCUAAGAGAAUGGGAGAUACCAGAUACCCAUUGGAGAAAUACAAGUAUUGGUAUAUGGAGCUUGAUUUGGUCUGUUUCUCACACUCUUCAGAAACUUCAAAUAAUGCUUUUCCCUCCAUUGAAGCUUCUAAGACCUUACCGCAUUUCAUCUCUCUCUUCUUCAUUGUUAUCAAAAUCUCUUGUCACUCGCACUUUUGCUGCUUUUCAAGGCAACAACUUUAAGCCCUUUCAAAACCCUAAUUUUUCCCCUGAUUCUCGACCCACCAUUGUUGAUCAAGUCCUUUUCUCUCUCCGUUCAGAACCCAAUUCAGCAAUUAGGCUCUUUGAAUGGUCUGAGAAGGUUUUGGGGACCAAUCAUUCCCUGCAUUCGUACUGUUGCAUUGCCCAUAUUUUGCUAUUUCAUCGCUUGUUUUGUGAUGCCCACCAAGUGUUUGAUAAAAUGCUUGAGAGAUUUGGGGACUUGGAUGUGUUUGAGGUACUUCAUGAGGGUUUUAAGACGUAUGGGACUAAUCCUAACACAGUUUACAGUUUCUUGCUUGCUGGAUAUUUUCGAAAUUGUAGGUUUGAUGAGGGUAUUAGUGUUUUCUUGCAAUUGUCGAAGAUGGGAAUUGAUGUUGCUCCUUAUGCAUUAAGAACUGUGCUUGAUUCGUUAGUUGCCUCGCGUUGCGUUGAUGGGAUUACAAAUAUACUUGAUGAAUUUUGUGGGCAGUCAGCAAAAAAAUUGAAACAAGGAUUCAAUGUAUAUGAGUUUGUCAUGAGGAGUUUUAUCAGUAAUCAUCUUUUUGAAACUGCGUUGAACUUUCACCGGAAGAUGAUUGAUAGGGGCUUUCUGCCAAAUAUUGUUGACUGUAAUAAGAUACUGAAGAUUCUUUGUAAAGAUGGCUGUGUUGAAGCUGCAUCAAAGUUCUUUUAUACAAUGCUAGAAAUUGGUCCGAGCCCAAACCUCGUGACAUUUAGCACCUUGAUUGACUCAUAUUGCAAGAAAAAGAAUUUGGACCAGGCGUUUAUGCUUUACAAUUUGAUGCUGCAGAGAGGUCUAUUCCCAGACUUGAUUGUAUAUAGUGUUAUUAUUGAUGGCCUUCUAAAGAAUGAAAGGGUAGAAGAAGGCCAUCGCUUUUUAACUGAGGCUUUAAAAAAGAAUCAGAAGUUGGAUGCUGUCAUUUUUGGCUCAAUCAUGGAUUCAUAUGUGAGAGUAGGAGAUCUAGGAAAAGUAAUUGAAGUGUAUAGAAGAAUGUUUAGGGAAGGAAUCUCGCCUAGCAUAGUUACCAAUGGCAUUCUCAUAAAAGGGUUAUGCCAAGCUGGUUGUGUUCGUGAGGCUACUGGGGUCUUUGGUGAUUAUGUGAAACGUGGUUUGGAGCCUUCUGAUUUGGCCUAUAGUAAUCUUAUUGAUGGAUUCUGUAAAUUGGGAGAUCUGAAAGAGGCAUUCAUAUGGUACAGAAAGAUGUUGGUGGCUGGCCAUGUACCAGAUCUUGUCGUAUAUGCAGUACUUAUCAAUGGGCUUAGCAAACAAGGUUAUUUGAAUGAAGCUCUUCAGUUCUUCUGUCAGGCCUCAAAGAAGGGUAUACAGCCUAAUGUAUAUAUAUUUAACUCUUUGCUAGAUGGUUAUUGUAGAUUGAACCAAAUGAGGGAUAUGAUGAAGGUAUAUAGUCUAAUAUCAAUGAGGAACAUAAUUCCUGAUUCCGUAACUCAGACUUUGCUUCUGAAAGCACUGAUUGCUCAAGAGAGAAAUGUCGAGGCUCUCAUUCUCUUUUUCCAAAUGGUUAAGAUAGAUUCCCCAGAUGCCAUUGCAUAUUGCACACUCAUUCAUGGCUUCUGUGAGCAGAAAAACUUGAAGGCUGCCUUAAAUCUUCAUCAGCUUAUGGAACAGACUAGGGUGAGUCCUGAUAUUGCCAUUUACAAUGUUCUUCUUAGAGGUCUCUUCAAUGUUUACCGGGUUGAAGAUGUGAAUAAUCUCUUUCGGAAACUUGUUGCUCAUGGACCAGAACCCGAUAUUGUGACAUAUAACACUAUGAUUUGUGGUUACUGCACUUCAGAGAAGUUGGACAAGGCAAUGCAGCUAUACGAAAGCCUAGUAGAUGGACCAAUCAGAGCCACUGUUAUCACUCAUAGUAUUCUGAUUGACGCUCUUUGUAAAAAGGGUAGAGUAAACGAGGCAAUGCUGAUAUUCAGAAGAAUGCUAAACGAAGGCUUGAAGCCUACUGUCGUGACAUACAGUUGCUUAGCUGAUGGCUACUUAAAAUUUUGUGGCUUGGACAGUGCCUUUGAAUUAUUUGAAGAAAUGUCUAAGUACAAAAUAGACCCCAAUAUAGUCAGUUUUAGUAUCAUAAUGGAUGGCCUGUGCAAAAGAGGACUGAUUGAAGAGGCUUUAAGUACUUUUGAUGCUGCUGUUUAUAGGGGUUUAUUACCUGAUGUUGUGGCUUACAGUAUAGUUAUUCAUGGCUGUUGCAGAGUCGGGAGACUAACAGAAGCCAGAAUUCUGUAUGAAAAGAUGUUGGCGAAGGGUGUAGUUCCCGAUCAAGUUCUAGAUAGAAUAAUAGUAGAGUAUAAUCUCUUGGGUUCGAGUUAAUUAACUUCAAAACUAAGUUUGUCAUGACCGUUGUCCAUUGUGGAGGCAAUUCGUGCAUCUGGGAUCUAUAGAGCAAAUUUGGUAUUGUUUAUCUUGGUGUACACUAAACUGAUAUUUAGGAUGACAAUUUUAUGAAAAUUACAUACUUGAAAAUACGACUAAAUUUAUCCUUAUUAAAAAUCAGGAUAAAUGUUAUUGUAAAAUAGUCAAAUGUUACACUUCAACAUUGGCAUUAUUAUUAUUUUUUUUGCACGGUAAGAUACGGGGGGGGUGCCCCUCCUAUCAUAGGAGGGGUGAGGUGAGGAUUGAACCCAGGUCACUCUUAGGGGAGAUGGAGGGACUCCACUCCAUGAUCCUUCAUUCAUUGGCAUUAUAUCACUGUGUAUAUUAUGUUUUGGACUUCAACCUCUGUAUCCUUGAUUCAUUGCAUAUUUUUCAUACUUCUUUCGUUCUUUUUUUAUUGUACCAUUAGUGAUUUCAUGCUUGCCAAUACAUUACUUUGCCAAUUAAUAUCUUUAAUUACACUUUUGUAAAAUUUAUAAAAAUUUGAUAUUUGAAAUGUAGA